CGGCAGGCUUCGAGAGCCAGGCUCCUAAAUCCGGCCCAUAUCUCCAUCCGAGACAGGCGCAAUCAUGCAAGCCCACCUCGCAAGCGUCCUCAAGGGCGUCGUUAAGGACAAGAGCAAAGGUGCUCUCUCUAGAUUGCUGGGAGAGCGUGCGGCGGCGUCGCGGCUGCUGGAGCGCAUCCACGAUGGCGCGACCUGGCACGCGCGCAUCGGCAUCGUCCUCGUCGACGACGCGCGCCUCCGGUCCUACACGCCGCGCGCGGCCGUCGAGUGGGCGCUCCGCUACGAGACGGAUUUAGGCUUGGAAUGCACCAGAGGCGGCACGUGGUUCAGCCAGCAGCCGGGCUCGAAGUUAGUCGAUGCGGAGGCGUACGUCUCCCGGACCGCGCUGCUCGACCGCGACGCGGCGCCCGGCGAGGGCCCCUGGACGCGCGCGCCCGACGACCGCAAAGUCAUGGCGACGGCGGGCGAGACGCGGCACCUGCUGCGGGCCAAGGCAGAAGGCUGGACGACCGCGGAUUUCAAGGGCACGAAGGAGGUUCUGAAGCGCGACGUUCUGUCGAGCGACUCGGUCGCGUCGUCGCCGUUCGGGGUCGACAUCGGCCCGGACGCCAUCCUCGCGUCAUUAGGCGCCUACCACGCGACCUACGAACCGGCUGAUGUCAUGAUCCAGGACGUGGUCGUGGGCUCCGGCGACGACCGCGGCCUCUUCGCCGCGCGGCGCACUCUGGCCUGCGCGAGCAAGGGAGAGGAGAACCUGGAUUCGGAUCGCGAGCUCAUCUUCGGCGAGAUCGCCGCCGACACCGACGGCGCCGCCCGGCUCCGCUACGUGCGCAGCAUCUUCGACCCCGAGGCCUCCGUGCGCCGGCCGGCAACGCUGCCGACGUCAUACCCGCAAGCCUCCCACUUCAGCAACUUCGCGAACCUCUACAACCUGCGGACGACGUACGGCGGCGACCGCCCGGCCGCCGAGGCGUCGCCGGGCAUGCCGCAGGAAAAUUGGAUGGUUACGCAAGAGGCGUAGUAGGAGAGAGGCACCUUCACAGAGUAAAAUUACACACUAGU